AUGGCGCCAAUGAAAAACAAUACCAAUUCGAGUAGUAGUAAUUACGGCGAGGCGAUGGCCCCUCAGGUCAAUGUCCUCGCCAGUUGCUACAUCGUCAGCCCUUCGGCCUCGUUGAAGGGUCUCCACUACUGCACUACCCGGGCUGCAGCGCAGGGGCCGAGUGGUAUUCCUGAGGUCCCUAUCUCAGGCCUACCAUCCCCUCCGUCAAGUCCCCCUCUCGCGGCCUUCACCUCGUCCAACGAGCUCGCUCUGCAGCCCAAGCCCAAGAAGCGCAGCUCGACGACGACCAGCAGCAAUGCCAUAAUGAGCCGCAGCAGCCGCCGAGGGGGGGCAACAUUUCAGAUCAGGGAAGAAUGUGAGAGAUUCUUCUGCGAGACUAUGAAAGCCGUGUUCCAGGGUGAGCGGAACAUGGCCGGUAAUGCCUCCUUCCUGACUGGUGUUAACUGUGCGCUCACGUCGCCCGACGACUAUCCCACGCCUCCGUCGUCGUAUUCCUCCACCAGCAGUCUUGAUCUCGGCUGUACUGGACGUAUCAAGGGAUGGAUGGAGUUCUGGGAUUACGCGGGGGGUGCAAGCUUCCGGGCUUUCGUGGCCGAGGACGGCGACGAGAAGUCCCUAUUUGCAUUCUUCGAUGGUGGACUCGUCGGCCGCGACUUGAAGCAAGCACUCAUUGCCCUGAUCGAGCUGACUGAUGUUCCGUUGGGAUGCUCUCACGUUGUCAUCUGCAUGGACCGCUUGAUGCCUGACGAUUACGCGAAGGCAUUGAUGAGGAGUCUACAAUGGGUUGGUUUCGAGCUCACGACUCUGGAUCACUGGGCCAAAGACGUCGACGUCACCAGUGACAAGUGGCUCUUCAUGAGCAUGGAGGUCUAA